UUGAUUCAUUUCGGUUUCAGUGCUUGCAGUGAUCGGUCGUGCUUCGAUCACGAAAGGCACGGAAAGAAAAACGCGACCAAGUUAUACGCGAGUUUUCGCACUCAAGUUAUAAGUGGACGUGAAACAUUUGUGUUUGAAAAUGGCUGCCAACGCAUCUGCAGGUGAUGUUAAUCAAUAUGCCGUGUUGGUCUCGAAUGCAAGGAAAUCCUAUGGAGCAAAGCCGGUGCUGAACGACUUUUGCAUGAAAGUGCCACGUGGAUGCAUUUAUGGCUUGCUGGGAGCUUCCGGUUGUGGCAAAACCACCCUUCUCAGUUGCGUUGUUGGACGUAAGCAACUUGAUUCGGGGGACGUUUUUACCCUGGGCGGUAAACCAGGUACCCCGGGUAGCGGUGUACCGGGUCCCAGUGUCGGGUACAUGCCGCAGGAAAUCGCUCUCGUCGCUGAAUUUACGGUCCGUGAUGCGGUUUAUUACUUUGGACGCAUCCUCAACAUGGACGACUGGCUCAUCGAGGAACGCUUUCAGAAGCUGAAGGUGCUGCUCGAUUUGCCGCCGGACGAUAGGCAAUUGAAAAACUGCAGCGGUGGGCAGCAGCGUCGCGUGUCCUUUGCGGCGGCGAUGGUGCACAAGCCACAGCUGCUCAUCUUGGACGAACCAACCGUCGGCUUGGAUCCGGUCCUCCGCGACAGCAUCUGGAAUCAUCUCGUAGAGAUUGCCGAGAAGGAAAACACCGCGAUUAUUAUUACUACGCACUACAUCGAGGAAGCCCGUCAAGCACACAAAAUUGGAUUAAUGCGAGAAGGACGUUUGCUCGCUGAAGAGUCACCGGAAAGAUUACUGCAGUUGUUCAAUACGGAAACAUUGGAGGAGGUUUUUCUCAUCUUGAGCAGACGCCAGGAGGAGGGGCGGUUGAACCAGGCGAUUGAGACAUUGGCCGACGAGCAAAAUAACACCAUCAUAUCGCGCGCCGAGUCCAAUACAAGCGUUAUGACUCUACCGAUUGGUAACAAUUCAUCUACCGAUUUUCUCGCGCCAAAAAAACCUCUGAAUAAUACUAGCGCAUUCAGUCUGAACAAACAUCGCAUGAAGUCCUUAAUGACCAAGAAUAUUAAACAAUUCCUGCGUAACUAUGGUGGCAUGUCCUUCACGUUUAUAUUCCCCAUUCUGGAAAUACUUGCGUUUCUGAUGGCUGUCGGCAGUGAUCCUAAGGACAUUAAACUUGCAAUUAUUAAUGACGAGGCCAGGAUGCAGCAAUGCAGCAAUUAUUCCAUCGAAGGCACUGCGGUACCAUAUAGUUUCAGUAACUGCAAUUUUACCAAUCUGGCAUGUCGAUUUAUAGACGAAAUUGAGAAUCCUAUGUUUGAGUUUAAAUACUACGAUUCUCUAGAGACGGCUUUUGAUGACAUCAAACAUGGCGAAAUCGUUGGAGUGUUGUACAUGGCCAGUAAUUUCUCCGAAGCUUAUUCUAAUCGAGUAAACAAUGGGCGGCAAGUGUCAGAUGCGGAUAUCGACUUUGGCGAGAUCAAAGUGUGGCUGGACAUGUCUAAUCGACAAAUUGGUGCUUCGGUCAAAGCACGCCUCUUUCGACUCUUCCAGGACUUUCAAGUAUCAGCAUUCAAAGAUUGCCAAUACAAUGAAUUAUUGGGUAGAGUGCCACUACGCUUUACAUUUGAGUUUGGCGUCGAGGACGAGGACUACACCAACUACAUGAUACCUGGUGUCCUUUUGACAGUAAUGUUCUUCUUGGGGGCCACACUCACCUCUACGAUUAUCGUCACUGACCGCCAGGAAGGCGUUUGGGAUCGUUCAAUUGUCGCGGGGGUAACCUCGCUCGAGAUCGUCGUCACACAUUUCGCGACUCAAUUUUGCCUCGUUGUGUUGCAAACGUGCGAGCUCAUCGUACUGACGUUCGUCAUUUAUGACAAGGAUUUCGAAGGAGACAUGUGGCUUAUCUUCUUGUUCACACUCUUCCAGGGUGUUGUCGGCAUGGUGUUUGGAUUCUGGAUCUCAGUCGUUUCUGAUAAUCAUACCGCGGCUAAUAUUGUCUGCACUGGCAUGUUUUAUCCGAUGAUUGUCUUGUGUGGGCUUGUUUGGCCGCUAGAGGCCCAGCCUGAUGGGUUGCGCCAUUUCUCGAAAUGUUUACCCUUUACUCUACCUAUUGUAUCACUUCGUCAGGUGAUUAAGAAGGGAUACGGUAUGGACGAGUGGCAAGUUCUAGAUGGGUUGGGAAUAACCGUUUUGUGGAUUUUAAUUUUGUCCGUGAUAAGCGUCUUGGCUAUCAAGGCAAGUCGUUAACAAAUGUGUAUUUAUUGUUUCAAAACUCACACGUUUAAUAUAGUUUAACGGCGAAAGUUUUCCAGGCCGCUAA